CGGUCGCCUUCGUAAGCGCCGUUGCAAUUCUGGCCGGCGGGGACCGCCAGCCUCCUCUCGCCAUGGUGGUAUUGCCGCUGCUGCUCAGCACGCUGCUGGUCGCCGCGCCGGGCGCCGCCGACCGGCCGCCGCUGGACGUGGUGCUAUACUUCGAGGCGCUCUGCCCCGACUGCCAAGACUUCAUCUCGGGCGGCUUCGCAGACGCGUGGCGCGCCGUGCCGGAGAUCCUGAACGUGACGCUGGUGCCGUGGGGCUUCGCCACGGCCACGCCGGACGGCGACGGCUGGCGCUUCACCUGCCAGCACGGCCGCGAGGAGUGCCGCGGCAACAAGCUGCACGCGUGCGGGGUGCGCCAGGCGCCGUCGUCGGGCGCGUCGGUCGACUUCUCCGUGUGCCUGGAGGCAGAACGGCCCGAGGAGGAGUGCGCCGACGACAACGGGCUCGACUGGGACGCGCUGGAGCGGUGCGUCGAUGACCCCGACACCGACGCCAUCAUGCUGCGCUACCGCGACCUGACCGACGACGCGCGGCCCGAGAUCGUCGAGGUGCCCACGGUCAGCGUCGAUGGCAGUCGGCGGCACCAGGACGACAUGCUGGACGACUUCCUCGAGUUUGUGUGCAACGCGUGGCAGGGCGAGACGCCGCCCGGCUGCCUGCAGCGGGUUGACCUUGACUGACGCGGGUGGGGCCGACCACGUCCACGUCACGAGCCCCGAUGCCGGCCGGCUCCGCCACGGUCAGGGCUGCUCGGCCACACGCGUCCGGGUGGUGUUUAGUGUUGGUGUGGUGAUACACGUUCAACUGCUAUCUGCUCCGUUGGGGAUUGCAAUACACGUGUGGUUGUGAUU